AUGGUCAAGCUCGAAGAAGUGCCCGACGAGGAGCUCUUCGCGCAACAGCAAGGACCACAGGAAGACGAAGAUCAAUGGAGCACAGAUGACGAAUCAGAAGUUUCAGACGUAGAAGACGACGACGCCCUCGACGAGUCACUUCUCGACCGAAUCUACGCCCUCAAAGACAUCGUCCCUCCCACCUACCGCAAACACCUCUCCAACGCCGCAUCGACAGGCUACUCGUGGGCAUCAACUGGACUGAGCCUGAGCGGAAAGACUUUGUGGGUGGUCAGCACGAGCGCGCUGCUGCUGGGUGUGCCGUGGGCAUUGGCUUUCAGUGAGGAGCAGCAGGUGCAGGAGAUGGAGAGGGAAAUGAGGAUGCAGCAGAGUGCGAAUGAGCUUCUUACUGCUGGUUCUGGCUCCGGACAGAGCAAUGCGAGGCCAGCAUUGUAA